CAAAAACCGAGGUCAACAUCCCAAAGUUUGAUAGGAUGGAAUUCAAAAGUGAAAAACCGGCUACGCUUAGGAAGUCGGCAUCGGCUUACCUUCGCCGAAAGCUAUCAUCAAAAGCUCCAUCGCGCGCCACCACUUUGCCGGUGGAGUCAUCAACCUCGAAAACAUCGAAGGACACAUGCGUGUCCAUGCUUCACCCAACCAAGCUUUGCGAAAAUCCCCGAAUAAUCUUACACAACGUUGCUGAGUAUUUCUCCAAGGGACUUGAGCUAAAUUUUUCAUCUGAUGAUGCCUCAAUCGAAUCCACUCCCAGCACUAGCUCAAGAACUCAGUCGCCAGUGGAGAACACCAAUCCAUCUCUUUCCCAACGCUCGCCAUCACUCUGUCAAGGAAAAAGCCGGCAUUUUCAGAGUCAAACUUGGCCUCCAGCCACACGGCCAAUUCUGGGGAGAUCAAAGUCCGAGCCAGCGCACGAAUCUAAACCCACUCCGUUAAAUUCGUAUCCAGGACGGUAUUCAUCCCAUUCGAAAUUGGAUCUUUCUAGAUGCGAAAAUUCUAUGACAACGAUCAAAUUCUCCAGCACCCCGAACUCCCAAAUACACAGCCCAAAACCAUCACCUCUUUCCAAAGAAAUUGUGUGCGAAAUUGAGGAAGUUGACCCCCUUCCUAGAGCGGCCGAAGCGGGAAGCUCGAGAGCGAUUCCCAGGUCGCAAGAGAAAGAAAACGAUCUCAACCCUCGAUUAGCAUCCAAAAUCAAAUCCAAAUGUGAAAAGUCCAUUCCGCUGGGAGACAGUUCAGAAAAACAAAUUCUACACAAAGGAAUAGUGGCGCAUCAGAAGAAUGACAUGACUUUGUCUGCAAUCCUGUUCGAAAGAUGUGCCAAGGAAAAUGGUGGAUGCGGUGUCGGUAUGCUCAUGUGGGCACUUGCAUUGAGGCAUGGAUGGGGAUGUCCGGUUGAUACUUUAAAGGCUUUUGGGUGGUUACAACUUUCAAUAGAGACCCUUUUGAGAGAGCUACAUCACGCCAAACUCGAAAAACAGCAUUACGACGAACUUCACUCUAAUGAGGGAACUCCCAAGGAUCUACUACUAGCGCAAUACUUGAUCAAUGAAACCAACGGGAUCAAAUCUGAACUCUUAUUGGCAUUGUAUGAGCUGGGCCAGUGUCUAAUGUAUGGAUGGGGAUGUCCAAGGGAUAAACGUUUGGCCGUACAAUAUUAUCACUUGGCAGCAACACUUGGUGAUGCUGAUGCACAGAAAGAGCUGGCAUAUUGCUACGAGGUUGGAAAUGGCGUCAAGCGAAGUUCUCGAAACGCUGCAAAGUAUUAUCGAAUGGCAUGCGCUCAAGGGAUCAAAAUGAUGGGAUAUCAAUGGAUAUGGAAAGAUAAGUAUGACCCUGUCCAUUAGAAACACUUGCAUGUCUUCAAAUCUGUUCUUAUCGACAUUUUCCAACACCUCAACUUGAAAAAACUAAUUGAUGUAUUCUAAGAUCCCCUGCUAAAAUCGAACCCCAUACAUACAUUUAGCUUUUCUCGCAUAAUUCA